GACUUAUGAGGAGGAGGUGAUCCAAAUUCUCAAUUCAUCUGGUUUUCGUAAAAGCGGUAUCGGAUUCUACAAAAAUCGACUAGAAAGAAAGCAUCAAUGGCGGAGAAACCCCAACCGGUGCGGAUGCUGUACUGUGCCGUAUGCUCUCUUCCCGCAGAGUACUGUGAGUUUGGCCCUGAUUUCGAAAAGUGCAAGCCUUGGCUCAUCAAGAACGCACCAGAAAUCUACCCCAAUCUCCUUCAAGAAGCUAAUGAAAAGGAGGCUGAAAAGUUUUCUGAACGGCUCCAAUCAGUUGGAAUCUCUGCAGGUGCUGCUGAUGAAGCAGAUCCGUCUUCCCAAUCAGUUUCAGGGGAAACGUCAUCAUCCAAGCCUGAGGAGGUAAAGCGUCUUCCCGGUGGAAAAAUCAAGAAAAAAGAGAAACAAGAAGUUGUUAUUGAAAAGGUUGUACGCAACAGACGUAAAUGCAUUACUGUUGUGAAGGGAUUGGAAUUAUUUGGUAUCAAACUCAACGAUGCUUCAAAAAAGCUUGGGAAAAAAUUUGCUACUGGAGCAUCCGUUGUUAAGGGGCCAACUGAGAAGGAGCAAAUUGAUGUUCAAGGAGACAUAGCCUAUGAUGUUGUGGAAUUUAUAACUGAUACCUGGCCUGACGUGCCGGAAACUGCCAUUUACUUCAUUGAAGACAGGAAAAAGGUCCCAGCAGUGUGAUGCAGUUGUUUUCCGAAUGGAACUGAUGCUGGCUUGUAAACCUAGUACGGGUUUUUAAUGAAUCAGUUCUGAUUUGACAGAAUGCAGCGUCGAGUUCCUAUUUUUUGGCAGAUGAUAGAUCUGCUAUGUUUUGUGGCCAAGAAGGGUGCUGUAGAUUUGAUGGUAAUAGCUUUCAAAAUAUUUACAAGCCGGAACUUGACAAAAGGAGCAUCUUACUCUCUCAACAUAUUUGUUCUUUGUGACAUGCUUCAGCUUUAAAGAUGUGUUUUGAGGUUA